AUGAGGGUGUUUGACCUCGUUUAUUUCGCCAUCAUUUGCGGAAUAUGCAAUGCUGGAAUCCACAAUAAAAUUCAGGACAUCUCCAAUACGGGCAAUAGGUUGAGCACACUCGUAGCAGAGGCUCCAGAGGAAAAGGAGGCGGAGGAACGAGACAGUGGAGAAGAGAGUGAACCCAAGAAUCAAGAAGAUGUGGCGGAGAAGGAAAAGACCAACUUGAAAAGGGAAGAGAGCGCCGGUGAAGGGAUCCCUCAACUGGUCCUGGUAAGCACUCUGCUGGUGGCUCCUAUAGUGAUUAUGACGAUUUAA